AUGAGGAGUUACAAUACCAGUCGGCGUGUUUCUUCGUUUUCUUCUCGGACUCGGCAAGUUUUUCUUCCGAACGUCGACGAGGAGCUCGAUACCGACGGCGAUGAAACAGCGGUCGCACUCCAACAUGUGGCAACCCUGCGCAGAGGGCUCUUACGCCUCAAGGGACCACCACGUGCCACGCGGAUUGAAAAGGAGAUGGGAAUGCCUCUUCACGCUCACAUCCGCUCCAGCCUCCAUCUGUAUAAAUAUCUCUUACGCGAAUGCGAACGCCUUCCCGAAAAACAUCGACUUUAUUACAAGAAUCACGUGAGGCAGGGAUUCCAGCAGCACAUUGAUGAGGAUGACCCAGAGCGAAUUCAGCAAAUCAUCAUUAAAGCAGUAGAAGAUGCAAAAUGGGUGGUUAAAAAGUGGAGUGUCUUCAGUGCUGCACUCAUGGAAGAUAGGCAAGCCUCUGCCAACACUUCCCUGUUGAAUGGAGUGAAGGUGUGGCUCGAGAAACCUCAUGUUGUGAAUGCACGUGUCGUUGGCUCGGUCGUCCUCGGACGUGCACUCCUGACCCGCAAGGAAGGCCUGUCCCUGAUUGCAGUGGUGGAGGAGAAGACACUUGUCGUCCCUGACCCUCAAACUGUUCGAGAGUUGGAGCAAUGGAGAGUGCAAGAUUGGAUGAAUGGCCCUUUACCUGAACUCCUGGAAGAAACUGUGGCUGUUCUGAGAGAGUUAGUGCCAAAAGGCACUCAUCAAGGGAAACUCUAUGAAGUUGUCAUUUUGGAGCCACCAUUCUUGGAAGUUUCCUUUGUCCCUCUUCAAGAAAAGCGCGAAGGCCCUGUCAUUUCCCCUCGGGUGCCCUACGCUUUCCACCUUGGGACUGAUGGAGCUAUUUCGCUGACAUUUCCCUUCCCCUUGUGCCCUGUGUCACAGAAAUGGUUGCAAGAGAAACUUCUCCCUAAACUCCAGAAAUGGACUCAGGAGGAAGUUACAUCCAGACCCACAUCUUUGGCAUUGGUGGAUCUCAGGAAGUAUGUACAGGUUUAUGAAAGGAUCAAGACCAAAUAUGCUUCCUUCUAUGUGCAGAAUUGGGCAGAACAUACAGAUCCAGGGAAGCAUGUCCAUGAAGAUGUUGGUAUAGCAGCAUACCUCAUCUCUUUGUGGAAGAAGGAUGGAGCAGAUUGCACACCCUCAUUUGUGGAUCUAGGCUGUGGGAACGGAUUGCUCACUCAUGUACUCACUUGCGAGGGGUUCCCUGGCAAGGGGGUUGAUAUCAGGGCUCGCAAGUCCUGGCAGCUCUUCCCUUCCACACAUCUCAUUGAGUCAGCAAUUAUGCCUGAUUCAACAUAUUCUGAGGACUGGUUGAUUGGUAACCACAGUGAUGAGUUGACACCAUGGAUCCCUGUCCUUGCGGCACAUAGUUCCCCUACUACAAGGUUCUUCCUCAUGCCAUGCUGUCCCUAUGCCUUUUCUGGGAAGUUUCAGAGACGGCACUCUAGGAAGUCUAUCUAUGCCGACUACCUUGACUUUCUCAUGGAACUCUGCCAGGUAUGGUUAAUCUCAAAAGUUGAAUCCCAGUCUGCAUGCAUUCUCAAGGUUUGUGGCUUUGACGUGAAGCAAGAUCGUCUUCGUAUCCCAUCUACCAAGCGUCUGGCCCUCGUUGGGAUUCCUCGACCAACAACUGCUGCAGAGCAGAUUCAACGUCUUCAACGAAUCUCUCAGUUCGUUGAAGGCUGUUCCCAUAGCCCCAAAGGUUUUCACGUCCGCGAACCGUCUCCAGUGCGGAAUUGCACGAAGAUCCCACAGAACAUCAGCGAGAGGAUACUGAAGGAAGUCCUCCUUCAGAUUCUCAAGCAUAGCAGUGUGGAAGGUGAUUGGAAUACAGGUGGUCAGAUUCAGCUUCCUGACUUAGUGGAAGGCUUGAGCAGUGACACCUUGCGAGAACUCAAGCUACAGCAUGGCGGCCUGCAGACACUUUUAAAGAAUAAUUCUCACAUCUUCAUUUGCAAGAAGGGACUAGUAAGUUUGCAUCAGCCCACACCUGUUGACAGAGAGAGCCUUGACAGGUCAUCGAAAGCAUACCAGAAGUGGAAGACUCGAGGUUGUUUCCUUGCAAGAUUCCAUCCAAAUGGUUGCCCCCUUGCCACUGAGAGUUGC